UCGAUGGCGGCGAGCUUUUAUAGGCGCAUGCGUCGCGACGGAAUACACACACAAACGUAGGAUACGUACGUAAGCGAACGCAACAAUGGCGACCUAAGGAAUUGGCGUGCGCUUCUUCACUCGAUAUCAUUUUGACACCCCAUCAGUGUUUACGCUGCCUCGAUAGACGGAUCUAUGAAGGUGAAAUUCGUUAGUGUUAAGGAAAAAUAUGUGACUUAUAAAGGAGUAAUUCGAGAAAGGAAGUGGCUCGUUAUACGUCUCUCUCAAAAGUUAUUUAAGCGCACGACACGAUUCAUGGUGUUGGUCUUUGGCGAAAAAACGCACGAACCAUGUAUACUUCCAUAUCGCGCCAGAUGUAACGCACUGUGGAUUUUAUGAUAUUAACUUGCCAUCAAAAUUCAUAGUGGUGCUCGUACGGCAUGGUAAAAUAGAGGAAGAGAACGAAGGAGAUGAGCCACAAUAUUGCAGGCAUGCCACCCUUCGCGAGGAUGCCUUUGGGGGGUAUGGGAAUGGGUGUGAGCAUGGGUCCUAGUGCCCCGCAUCCUGAAACUUCUGCUCACCCCCAUCCUCCGCCGCCACCACCUGCCGGUGCCAAUCCUAAGAAAAAAAGGCGUACCAAUGCCAGCGUAGCACAGCCACCCCCGCAACAACCUCCAACUGCGCAGGAUUUACUACCUCCACCAUUAACCGGUUAUGGGGACACGAUAGUCGCGAGUAAUCCGUUCGACGACACGCCCCCUCAAACCACUCAAAGUCCCAUGAUGCACGGCGGUCCACCACAUAUGCAUCCUCAUCAUCCUCAUCAUAUGGGUGGACCGCCGAUGCGUGGUAUGAGUCCUCUUACUUCUAUUGGCGGUAUGAGUCCUAUGAUGCCACACAAUAUGGGUAGUAUGAGCCCGAUGGGAAAUUCACCUAUGACAAAUCACAUGAACCACAUGGGUGGGAUGUCUCCUAUGAAUCAUACGCCUAUAGGCGGUAUAAGUCCUAUGAACAAUAUGGGACCGAACAUGCCGCCUGGCCCAAUGAAUACGAUGAAUAAUCAUAUGAAUAUGAGUCAUAUGGGAAAUUCUCAAUUAAGCGGUCCACCUAUGGGCAGUCCGAUGAAUAACAUGAACAGUGGACCCAUGGGUAGUCCUAUGAAUAAUAUGGGACAUAGUAUGGGAAGUCCUAUGGGUGGUCCGUUAGGAUCACCCAUGAACACCAUGGGUGGAUCGAAUCAUAUGCCAAACGGACCGAUGAACAUGAACAAUAUGAAUAGCCAUAUACCACCUAAUAGUCCUUUAAACGGUCCCUCUAUAAACAACGUCAAUGUCAACAGUCCGUUAGGACAUAAUGGAUCUCAACCACAUCCGAAUCAUAUGGGAAAUAAUCUUAGUAAUAUAGGAAGACCUAUGAACGGUCCUAUGACUACCAUGAGCUCCAUGGUCUCGAAUAACAUGAACAUGAGUGGGCCGAGUCAAAUGAACAAUAUCAAUAUGGGUGGUCCUCCGAUGAACAACAUGUCCAAUAUGAAUAUGAGCCAUCAUAAUCAAAUGGGACACAUGCCAGGACCAAUGGGUACGAUUUCCAGCAAUAUAGGAGGUGGUCCACCUAUGGGUCAUGCCAUAAAUAUGGGAGGAUCUAUGCCACCUCACGGAUUUCAAGGUCCACCAGGAAUGGGUCCAAAACCGAUGCCUGUUUCUGCAGGAAAAAUUUAUCCUCCGGAUCAAGCUAUGGUAUUUAACCCACAAAAUCCUAAUGCGCCACCGAUUUAUCCUUGUGGAGUUUGCCAUAAAGAGGUGCACGAUAACGAUCAAGCAAUUCCUUGUGAAUCUGGUUGUAAUUUUUGGUUUCAUAGGGGAUGCACAGGAUUGUCGGAGACAGCCUUUCAACUGUUAACUGCAGAAAUUUAUGCCGAGUGGGUGUGUGAUAAGUGCUUGCAAUCGAAAAGCAUACCUUUGGUUAAGUUUAAACCAUAACACUUCUUGACCCGUCGUAUAUGCGACGCACGAGUGACUCUUUGUUAGCGUUUACACUUUGUACACGCACACACAUGCGCGUGCGAUUGCACACACGUAUACACACACGCACAUAUACACAUACAGAGAGAACAUACACACAACAAAUCAUGCAACAUACACACACACAUACACACGGAGAGAGAGAGAAAGAGAGAGAGAGAGAGAGAGAACACAGAGAUACAUAAAAUACAUACAGCAAAGUCUACUGAUGCAGACGUUAAGUCGUGCAUAAAUAUAAACAUGUGCUGUUUGUUAACAACUUAGCUUUAACUUGUUGAAAAUAUUAGGGAAAGCGAUUCUGAGACUUGAAAAUGAGAUUGAAAGUUGAUUGGAAACAGAAAAAGGAUUUAAUUCAAGAAAAUAAUUGCUUUAAAUUUUGAGUCUGUUCGUGAUAAGUUGAUUCGCCUAUAUAUUUUCAAAUUAAUUUAUAUAUAGUUUCAAUUUAUUCAUUGAAAUGUCUUUAAUGAACAUGGCUGUAGCAUCGAUUUGGCAUAUAUGUAUAUAUAUAUAUGUAUAUAUAUACAUAUAUAUAUAUACUCAUAUAUAUGUAUAUAUACACACAGAUACAUAUAUAUAU